UCCUCAAAUGUUUCAAACACCACUAAUUUCAAUUCUAUAUAAUUCUUAUCAAACAUUACCUCAAAUUCCUUUACAACCUUCAGCUACUCAAUCUAAUCUAUAUAACUUUUUUGCCUUACCUUCUAUGGCAGAAUUUUUAAAAGAUGUAGAUAAAAAGGAGGGAACUAGUCAUUAUUAUCAAGAUUUUUUGGAAAAUUUUGAAAAACAAAAAAUUCUAGUAAAGCAUUUACAAAGAUUAACAGAUAAAGAAUUCGAGUAA